AUGGAAGAUUGCAAGAUAAUAUUAGGAUGUGCAACGUUCAAUACACAGUAUAAUGAUGUACCGGAGAGUUUACCCGUGGUAGAAAUCAUGAAGAAAGCUUUUGGUGAUGGGAUUAAUGUAAUUGAUACGUCCCCAUAUUAUGGACCAAGUGAAAUAUUAGUUGGAGAAGCUCUUGCUAAGAUUAAACCUAGAAGAAGUACAUUUCAGAUAUGCACUAAAGCUGGAAGAAUUACAGAGAAUGAGUUUAAUUAUAGUCCCGAACAUAUCCGAUUUAGUGUCAAAAGAUCGAUUGAACGAUUACUGGGAUGGUGUCCAGAUGAGACUGAAAAGUAUCUUGAUUUGGUUUACCUCCAUGAUGUUGAAUUCCAAACUUUAAACGAUAUUACAGGUGCUAUUAAAGAGUUGAUGAUUUUGAAAAAAGAAGGAUUUAUCAAGAGGGUUGGAAUUUCUGGAUAUCCCGUCAAAUUUCUUUACGAAGUGUCGAAAUAUUGUAAGGAAUCAAGAGAUAUCGGACCACUAGAUUGUGUAUUAUCAUAUUGUAAUAUGAAUUUACAAAAUAAUACGUUGGAUAUGUAUUAUCAUCGGUUUAAAAAUGAUUGUGGAAUCCGGAUGAUUUCCAAUGCUUCAAUACUAAGCAUGUCGCUGUUGAGAGAAGAAGAAACUAGAUCAUUCCAUCCAUGCUCGUCUGAAUUACGCCAAGCGAUUGAGAAAGUGGUGGAAUAUUGUCGUGAUCAAGAAGGUAUAAGAUUGUCAGAUCUCGCCAUUCGGUAUGCAUUUACGAACUGGAUCAAUAAGGGUCCCACUGUAAUUGGAGUGAGUAAAGUGGAGGAAUUAGAACGUAUAUUAGAAAAUAUGCUACUCAUCAAAGGCGAUGAGUUGAACAACGAGGAUGAAAGAAUAGUGAGACAUAUUCAGCAAGAGAUAUUACAAGAUCAUUUUAACGAGACGUGGGAUUCUGGUAUAGCCCAUCCAGAAUUUACAGAUAUAUAA